AUGGCCCGCGCCGCGACCCCCGCCGCCGCCCGCCUCCUCCGCGCCGCGCUGCUACUUCUGGUCCUGGUGGCCGCCGGCCGGCGCGCAGCAGGGGCGCCUGUGGUCACCGAACUGCGCUGCCAGUGCCUGCAGACCUUGCAGGGGAUUCACCUCAAGAACAUCCAGAGCGUGAAGGUGACGCCCCCGGGACCCCACUGCGGCCAAACGGAAGUCGUAGCCACUCUCAAGACUGGUCAGGAAGUUUGUCUCAACCCUGAAGCUCCCAUGGUUAAAAAAAUCAUCAACAAGAUGCUAAAGAAUUCCCUCUCCUCCCUCCUCCCUCGCCUUAACUACCUUUCCCCCACGCCCUCCCCGACGGCGCGGAUUACGCGGGAGGCCCGCGGGGCCGCGCCCUCCUUCCGGACCCCGGAGCGCCAGUGCGUCGGGGAAUUUCCCUGGCCCUGGGCUGCCAGCCCCUGUCCGAUCGGGAUAAAAGGGCUUCGCUGUCCUAUCGGGAUAAAAGGGCUUCGCCCGGCUCGGGGAAGCCACAGAAUCCGCCCCGCCAGCCCUCCAGCCUGCCUUCCCGCCGCAAGCAGCGACCCUCCGAGCUGA